UUUUGAUGUUCUGAUAAUGAAUAACAGAAGUUAAGGAAUGUUAAACAUAUAUACACAACGAAUUAAACAGCACAAACAGGAGCAUUCGUUUGAUGGUUGUCAAUAUAAAUGCAGAUUAGGAAAUAAAUGCAUAUUCACAGAAUAUUUGAUACAAUAUAUAUAGACGCCGAUUUUACUGCUAUCGUGCAAUAGCAAAAAAAUGGUGAGAGCAGGCUGCCAUUUUCAAGACGGUUCGAGCUGGAUAUUAUUAAGACAAAAUAAACUUAAUUAAAGGAAUAAAAUGUGUGCAUCCUGUUGUUUGUCAGUCUAGAUCAGUUGCUGAAGAAGAAGCCAGUAAAUUUCAAAGAAUUGGCGAAUGGCUGAUAAUAGCAGUGAUCCUUUCGAAUGAACGCUGUAAAUCCUAAAAUUACAGUCAAUCGGUACAUAACUAAAACUAAAAACAGAGUAUUCUUCACUGUCAUCUAUCAACAUGUAUGUGGAGUAACAAAAUCCUCUGCUGCGACAUUUCUAUUCUGUUGAAGGAUGUCAGAAUUAUUCGCUACAACAUCCUGGAACAUUACACAAUAUCCUACAGUGCCAACAGUGACUGACUCUCCGUUUAUCAAACUUCAGAAGGAUUAUAGAAAACUUCAUGGAUAUAUCAGCUGCAUUGUUUGCAUUUUCGGCUUGUCGUCGAAUAUUAUCAACAUGAUUGUUUUGACAAGAAAGCAUAUGAUCAAACCUGUAAACUGUAUUUUGACAGCACUUGCUGGCGCAGAUUUCUUGACAAUGUUAACGUAUUUGUUGUAUGCAGGUUAUUUCUAUAUUGCAAAAGAACCAACCUGGGAAGGAAAUCAUGCGUAUGCUUGGACGUAUUUUCUAAUGAUACAAUAUCACUUUGUACUUAUGUGCCACAACAUGUCCCUGUGGUUUACAGUGUAUCUUGCGGUGCUUCGAUACAAAUCUGUCUGCAAUAAUACAUUCGGUUAUCGGGAGUACAGUCUUAAACGAACUAUAAUCACGCUUACCAUCAUUAGUAAUGUAGUACUUGUACUGUGUAUACCUAAUGUUUUUAUGCAUAAAGUGAUUGCGCUGUCAGACAUUGUCAGUCCUAACGUCUCUGGUUACUGGAUCGUUGAUACAAAUUUUGUUAACAAACAUAUAUUUUACAAAGUUGCAAUAUUCUGGUUUUUUGGCGUAGUUAUGAGAAUUUUACCAUGCAUUCUUCUAACAUUUUUCAUCUGUCGGAUCACACACACAAUGUAUCGAUCAGAGAAACAGAGAGGGCAGCUUCAAGAACAAGCGAGAUUAUCUACGCAUGGCAGACAUCGUGACAACAUCAGAACUACGCGGAUGCUAAUAGCUGUUGUCCUUAUAUGCGUGCUCACAGAGAUGCCUCAGGGCGUUUUUGCUCUGAUAAGCGGUUUGAAUGAUCAGUUCUUUAAAAAUAUAUAUAGUAACAUUGCCGAUAUUCUUGAUCUCCUUGUCUUGUUUAACUCCUCGGUAAAUUUUAUUCUCUACUGUUCAAUGUCUCGGCAAUAUAGAGACACGUUUCGAAAUUUAUUGUCUUUCCAGACGACACAUUGUCACAUUCUCACAACCAGUUGAUGCAACUAAAUCAUGACCGUUGAGAUGUCCUAACCAUAUUGGCUAUGAGUGAAAUACUGCUGUCACGUUGUUGACAAAUUUCCACGUGUUAAAAGAAAUAGUAGAAUAAUUAUUACAUUAUUACACUACACAAAGGUGGGAAAUAUGACGUCAGAUAUAACAGUAUAAGAUCUCUUACAUCGUCCAUUGAAAAUGACAUAGUUCUACUGAGUCAUAGCAAACACAAACUAAUGUAUAGUUGAAUAUGCAACAAUAAUGUCUCAUUUUUAGCUAUCAUGGGCAAGAAGCGCUCAUGGUGACCAAUUGUGGGUGCUCACCUGCUUAACGUAAAAACAGAACCAUUUUAAAGAUACAUUAAUAAAUAACCUCAGUCUGUUCCGUUGCCUGUGUAAGUUUUUCUUUUUCGCCCACUUUAAAAUACAUAUAGUGUUUUAAUUAUGGUUGUGAAAUCUGGUUUUGGAAAAUCGAAAGAAAUUGAACGUAUUCGCCAUAAGUUCUGCAAAUCUUUACUGAAUGUUACAGCAUCGACUAGUAAUAUAGGUGUUUAUGGAGAACUAAGGCGAUACCCGUUAUAUAUAAAUAGAUAUGUACGAAUAAUCAAGUACUGGGGUAAAAUUAUCAUCUUCAAAUAUUUUAGUUAAUUUAAAAUUGUAUGAAUGUUUUCUUGUUAGUAAAACUAAUGGAAAUAAUUGGGCUUAUCAGGUGACAAUUUAGACAAUUUUAGCGCGUAUGGAAUAUUCCAGUUUUGGUAGACUUAGAUAAGUUCCAUCUAGCCUUUAAAGAACGUGUAUUAGAUACUUUAAACCAGAAUUGGUGCCAACGUAUGAAUGAAUGUGGAACAUUAGAUAUAUACAAAGUUGAAAAUAUUUAGAUUUAUUACAGUUUAAAUACAGGAGUGCUUUAACUAAUUUAAGACUAUCCUCGCAUAAAUUAGCAAUUGAAACAGGUCGUUACUCUAGAAAUAGAACAGCUAGAAUUCUGCGUUACUGCAUAUUUUGUCAGAACAGGGAUAUAGAAGAUGAAUAUCAGUUUAUCAUAGUAUGCCCAUUGUACGAGAAUAUAAGAAAAACAUAUUUAAAAUCAUAUUAUUACAGAAGGCCAAAUGUAUUGUGAUGUAAUGAAAUUUAUUGAACUUCUCAAUAGUGACAAAAAAAGUUAUGAUUAGAAAUUUAUCUAAAUUCAUUUAUCAUGCAUUUAUACUGAGAACAUCUGUAUUGUAAAUAGUUGUAUACUUUUAACUUUUAUCCAAAUGAUAAUUCCGUGUAUAGUUGUUAAAUGUACAAGACCCAUCCCCCAUAACAAUCUAUGUACAUGUAAAAACAAUUAAUUCAUUCAAACAUGUUUGGUUUAUUUGUUAUUUGUAAAAAUUACAGACAAUAUUUAAAUGUAUAUGUAUAUUGUAUUCAUAACAAAAAAAAAUCUGUACAGUUUACGUGAAUAAAAUUUUGUGUCUGUCUGUCUCUGAA